ACAGCAAGAGGAUCCUUAAAAGCUUUGGGUUAAGAUUCUAAAUGUCACAUUCUUGCCUUAAGUGAAAACCGCUUCUAUAAAUAUCAGAUGGGGGAAAUACCUGCAAGAAGUUUUUAGAAAUGCAGCUACUUUUACUAACUUAAUGAAUUCUGCAUUGGCUGUUGGCGGUUCUCACACUCAAACAGAUUAUGGAGAUCUCUUGUGGAGAUUAUAAUCAUUUUGAUCAGUCCUCAGUAACUGUAUUUAGGCCUAUAGGAUUUUAGUUACUAUUUUAAGUUACAGCAAAAAUUACAAACUUGUGAUAAAAAUACGACAGACAAAAAUAUCCUAAACUGCUUCAGUUGGUUACCACAGAAACUGAGUAUCUGUAGGAACAUUAAGCAAUGUGACAAAAAGGCCUGUACUGUAUCUGUCAGGGUGAUUUUUUUGUUCAGAUGUAACGUGAGGAUACACCUUCAUCCUCUGCAGACCUGUGAUUUUUAUGUCAGAGCUCACCGAGACACUCCACCAUUCCCUGCACUGAGAAAAUGAAUGAACUGUUAUACUCUAAGCCCCCCAUCAUGACUUUUCUUCAGCCGUGCUCCACAGCAGCCGGGCUGUCGCAUCCUCUCCCUUCGCAGAGCUGCAUGGCAACGGGAGGAGGAGGCUGCUCGGGAUGAGGGAGGGUACCACGGAUCCCACGUGUCCUCCUCACCGCAGACCCAACGCAUCUCUCUUCGCUUUCCCAUCCCUUCGUUUCCGCAUACCGCAGAUUCGCAUAGCCUAUACACACAUACAACACACACACACACACACAAGCUCGCCCAUACACUCAUACGCACCCGCGCAGCCUUGCGGAGCUAUGCAUCCGCGGUGCGCACUCUCCCGUUCCUCCCUAUUUCCUCACUGAUCAAACUAUAGGCCUGUAUCGAUCAUCUCUCCGCCAUAGGCCUAUAGGCUAUGAUUCAUUUUUCAUUAUUCUGAUAUGCAAAUCCAAAUUCUCCGUAGCGGUGUUGGUCGGAGCUGAGAGAGAGAGAGGGGCAUAGAGAGGGGGAGAGAUGAGAGGACGCGCAUCAUCAGAUGUUUAGCAGAUUCACUUUGGAUCCUCGCCAUCAUUUCUGCUGUGCGCUUUUUCGGUCUUUUUUCCUCCCCUCCGUCGGCCGGGUUCGUGACAUUCUGCGGCUCUCUCGAUGUUGUAAUCCGGGGGAAUAUGUGAAGAUCAUGCUGGCGGUGUGGUGCUUCAUGGUCUUUGCUGCAGUGGGCGAGAGGCUUGCGGUCUCAGGUGCGGACAGGAGCCAGGUGCAGGAUGGAGGCGCGUGGAGCUGGUUUACCCCGGUGGGGCGGCCAGACAGCAGGGACACUGCUACCGAGGUCACCUAUCCAAAGCGGCUGGUGCAGCAGAUUGAGUCGGAGGAGGAAAUGGCUCACGACCACUUGGAUACCCGGGUGAAGAACAGCACUGGGGACAACACACCCGUCCACUUGGCCCGGAGCUGUUUCCAAGUGGAAGCCUUUGGACACACUUUCACUCUGGACCUAGAGUUAAACCAUCACCUCCUGUCUUCAGAAUAUGUGGAGCGGCACUUUAACCAGGAUGGCAGACCCUCGCAGUCUGUGGGAGGGGAGCACUGCUACUACCAGGGAAGGCUAAGAGGUUUACCAGAGUCCUGGGCGGCUGUUUCCACCUGCCACGGCCUGUGCGGCAUGUUCUCUGAUGGCUUCUUCUCUUAUGGGAUUGAGCCUGUUUACAAUGGGACCAAUCAGGAUGGUGGCGCUCACUUAAUCCACAGGAUGCCUGAUAUCAGACUGUCCCCCCACUGCCCAGACUGUACAGAGGACAGUGAGUGGGAUAGCAGAGGAGGUGACGGUGGUGACGAAAGGCCAGACCAAAUGAGGGAGCAGCAGGUGUCUGGGGGGCUGAGGCGAUCCAAGAGAUUUGUUCGCAAACCCUCUGUCCAGACUGAGACCAAAUAUAUUGAGUUGAUGGUGGUCAACGACAAUGACAUGUUUGUACAGCUGCGUCGCUCAAGCAGCCAAACCAAGAACUUUGCCAAAGCAGUGGUCAACAUGGCAGAUGCGAUCUACAAGGAACAGCUGAACACGAGGAUCGUGCUGGUUGCCAUGGAUACCUGGACCUCUAAAAAUAUGAUGCCAGUGGUCGAAGACCCAUUGAUAACACUGCAGAACUUCAUGAAGUACAGGAAGGACAACAUCAAAGAUCAGAGUGAUGUUGUCCAUCUUUUCUCAGGGCGUACAUUUCACAGUAGCCGCAGUGGGACAGCCUACACAGGAGGAGUGUGCUCCUUAACGAGGGGAGGAGGAAUCAAUGAGUAUGGGAAUGUUGGCGCAAUGGCUAUUACUUUGUGUCAGAGUCUCGGCCAGAACAUCGGGAUGAGGUGGAACAACGCCCGUAACUCUGCAGGAGACUGCAGGUGCCCAGAUGCCUGGCUGGGCUGCAUCAUGGAAGACACGGGAUAUUAUCUGCCCAGAAAGUUUUCUCGCUGCAGCGUUGAUGAGUACAUCCAGUUCUUGCUCCAGGGGGGCGGGAGCUGCCUCUUCAACAAGCCCAACAAGCUGUUUGAUCCUCCGGAGUGUGGGAAUGGCUUUGUGGAGCCAGGGGAGGAGUGUGAUUGCGGAUCCCAGGUGGAGUGUGCCCGUAGCGGAGGCACCUGCUGUAAAAAGUGCACGCUUACCCAUGAUGCCAUGUGCAGUAAUGGACUCUGCUGCAGUAGCUGCAAGUAUGAGCGGAGAGGCGUGGUGUGUCGAGACGCGGUGAACGACUGUGAUAUCCCAGAGACCUGCACCGGAGACUCCAGCCAGUGCCCUCAUAAUGUCCACAAGCUGGAUGGCUACAUGUGUGAUAGCAGUCAGGGCCGAUGUUAUGGUGGACGAUGCAGGACCCGUGAUGGACAGUGUAGGGGACUCUGGGGCUAUAAUUCAGCAGACAGGUUUUGUUAUGAGAAGCUGAAUGCUGAGGGGACAGAAAAAGGCAACUGUGGUCCAGGUCCUGAUGGCCAGGGCUGGCUGCAGUGCAACAAGCCGGAUGUUUUAUGCGGCUUCUUGUUCUGUGCCAAUGUGACGAUGAAGCCAAAGUUUGGAGACCUACAGGGUGAGGUGACCAGCUUCACCCUCUACCAUCAGAACAAGUACCUGGACUGCAGAGGUGGCCAUGCUCUGCUGGAGGAUGGCUCCGAUCUGGGCUAUGUGGAGGACGGCACUCCCUGCGGUCCCAACAUGAUGUGUUUGGAGCGACGCUGCCUCCCUGUGGCGGCAUUCAACCUCAGCAGCUGUCCAGGAUCCAACUUUGGCCGCAUCUGUUACCACGGGACCUGCAGUAACGAGGUGAAGUGUAUCUGUGACAGGGACUACACAGGGAAGGACUGCAGCGUCUUUGAUCCCAUCCCUGAGCCCACAGUCCCAACAGGCCCAGAGAAGAAAGGUCCCAGUGGCACCAAUAUCAUAAUAGGGUCCAUCGCAGGUGCUAUUCUCCUGGCAGCUAUAGUCCUAGGGGGAACAGGAUGGGGAUUUAAGAACAUUCGAAGAGGAAGAUCUGGUGGCGGAUAAGACGUCUGUCUGUGUUUCUGUCUCUCUGUCCUGUCUACUUCCCGUCUUCCUCCUCGCACUGUGUCAUUUCCACAUCGGAGAAGAGGGGAACACACACACACAAAAAAAGUCUUCCACUCCUGUCCCAAGAAUCUCUCCAAAACCUCUUCCGAUUAUCGUUUCCUCCACACUCCUGUCUCGCUCCUUUCGUCUAUCCUCCUGCCAGGCUCCGCGGAGCUCCUCUCACCUCUCACCAGCCAAAUCAUACUCAUGUGGCUGCUGCCAGCAGGCCACUGAAGAUUGUGUCCGGGCCACGCCUAGAGUGAGCAGGUGGCUCUCCCUGUGGGAGACACCGGGGUCUUCCUCCAGUCUGGUGGCUCUAAGAAUGUGCUUUGGUGUCUGUGUACCUCCUUCCCUGACAUUUCGGACAGUCUGAUAAAGAACAUAUCAAUGGCGGACCAAU